AUGGCACGAAUGAUUCUUUACACGACCAUCGUGUUGCUGUUGCUGUCCGUAUCGGCGUUCUCGGUGGAUGUAAACGACGCUUACAAUUAUAUACUUCUUAUUAGAGACAUUCAUAACUAUUACGAAACAACGUGUGUUAUAAUCGUUCAUUCAGACACCUAUAGCGAUUUCAAUCAAACGUCCCUGGCGUAUAUAUGGUCACGGACUUUCUCACAACGAGGCAUCAUGACCUUGAUUAUAAGCUUUUCCGAACUGUCACGUGAGGCUAGGAAAUACCAAGGUUACAUCACGCGUCCAUUGUACGUCGUUGUUCUUGCCACAAAGAAGACCGUCGACGAGUUCUCGAUGGUCACCAGACAGAUCGAUAUCUCUGUUGCCGUUUGGCUCGUCAUGUUUUUACCUCACGAACAAAUUUCUACGCUCGACGUUUGUCAGAAUCCUGUUGGAAAUUUGUUCAACGUGAUGUACGAUACCGAGAUGCUGGUACUCUGUUACAAUCUGCCGCAUUUGAACGAGUGGUACUCGUUACGCGACAAUCAAACUAGAGUCUACAAUUUGGCCACCUGGAAGGGUGACCAAGGGAUGAACUUGAGAACGAAACGUUGGUUGUACGAGAGAAGAAACAACAUGUACGGGGAAAAGAUACGCGUGUCGAUUGUCCAGGAGUCUCUGUUCAUCGCGGAGAAGAACGGUGCUCUCUCGUUGUUCCUGGGCGUAGUGAUGCGGGAGCUAAGCGAAUACAUGAACUUCACGAUCGAGGUGGUAAGCUCUAUGCCGGCGUACGGCAGUUGGGACAAAGAGGAGAAGAUUUGGACAGGUGUGAUGGGCGAGGUGGCGUCCAACAGGGCUGAUUUCGGUGUCGCCGAGUUCAGCAUGACCAACCGUAGGCUGGACGCGGUCGAUUUUACAUUGCCGUUGAUUCUCUCGCGUUAUAAAAUAUACUUCAAGAAACCGGAUGGCUCUGCUGUGGAGUGGUCCGCCUACUUCAAGACGUUCAACGUCGACAUUUGGACAACGAUCAUAUGCCUAAUCCUAACUACGCCGAUCGUUUUAACCGUCAUUAAAACGAGGGGUCGUUUCACCAUGCAAGUUCUCGCUGAUAAUUACAUAUACGUUUGGGGAAUCUAUUGUCAACAAGGGUUAUCAGAAUUUCCAAACGAGUCUUCGAUGAGAUUAGCAUUCCUCUCGAUUUUCGUGUCCGCCUUGAUCAUUCUAUCUGCCUAUUCCGCUUCGUUGAUCAGCUAUUUAACCAUAUAUUCCAUCAGCUUGCCCUUCUCUACCAUCGAAGGAUUCGCCACUUAUGGCUCUUACAAAUUAAUCGUAUUCAAAAACAGCGCGGACUACGACAUGAUAAUUUCUGCCAAUGACAGUACGUAUUCGAAAGUGAAGAGAUUGUUGAAGAAGAAGGAAGAUUUACCCGUGACGGUGAAUGAAGCCUUUACGCAGGUUUGCAACGAAAAAGUGGGAUUCUACGUAACAGAAGUGAUAAGAAAUGCAAUCAGUUCUCUACCGUGUGAAACCGUCUACAUAGAAGCGAACAAGGUGGACAGUUUGGCUAUGGUUUUGAGCAAAGCCAGCCCGUUUACGGGAGCAGUGAAUUAUCACCUACAGCGAUUCAAAGACAACGGGGUACUGAACAAAUUAAGACACAUGUUUCUCGUAACCGCGAAACCUGGUGACAACAGCUUCCCAACAGUCACCAUAGGCGGAAUCGCGCCGAUUUUAGCUGUUCUAGCCGGCGGAGUACUUUUAGGUUGUCUCGUGUUAAUUAUCGAGAAACUAUACUACAAUCUUUGGGGCAACGGUAGUAAGUGUGACAAAACUGUUCAAUUUCUCUCCUGGAGAAAAUUCCUCGAACAAGAGCUAAGUAUGUCACAAGAGGAAGAAAGACGUCGUCAAAUUGCAAAUCUCGUGAAAGAUACAGUUCAAGUGAGUAAAAAAUAA